CGCUAGUGGCCGCUCCGCUUAUAUUAUUUACGAGGAGAAAAGAAGCGGUGGCGGCGGCGCGAGCCACACGGAGACAAAACCAACUGCGAACGGAUAAAACAGAGAUGAUCCGCCGAAACCAGACCGAAACAGCAAGAACCCCCUAAAUUCGAGCCCUGUUUUGACUCGUAUGGGGCUGGGUGACGGCUCGGAUCCGCGGCACGAUGUACACGGGCUGGGCCGGUUGAUGGUGGAGCUUUGGGGUUGGAGCGGUGGGUGGAGGCCGGUGAAGCCGGGCUGGAGUCGAGCUGAGGCGUGGAGAAGCAGCGAGGCGGCCCGGGGGCUCCUCCACCUCCUACUCCAACACCAUGAGGCUGACAGUGUUGCUCUGCUGGCUGGUUGUGUGGGCUGCGGCGGAGAGCAGUGAGAACAGCACGACCCUCAGCAACAGGAGGUACCUGAACAUUGGAGAUGGGACUAAUCUGGAGUUUGAGUUCCCUGAGAACACCAAGGGCGUGAUCGUGAUCUCCAGCGAGUACCGGAGUGCUGUGGGCAGGAAGGGCCGAGAGAGCUGGAGGCAGACGGUCAGGGUGCGCUCCCUGGAGCCGGAUGUGCUGUCCAUCCUGAACGUCAGCGACAGCGGGCAUUCAGGGCCUGUGAGGAGCUACAUCAUCAGCAUCAGGUCGGGCAUGGCAGGCAGGGCACCUCUGCUCAUCCAGCUGCUGGACCUGGACCAGAAUUCAGAGCCGGUGCUGAUUGAGGAGCGGACAGACUAUGCUAUCAGGGUGGCUCCCGGGGCCUUCGACCGCAGUCAGGCUGGAGGACUCUCGCACUUUUCGGAGAACCCGGUUCUCUUCGCCUUGCUGCCGCUAAUCUUCGUCAACAAGUGCGCUUUUGGGUGUAAGGUGGAGGUGGAGGUGUUGCGGGGGCUGUUGAAAAGGCCCGUUCCUCUCUUCCUCGGGGUUUUGGGGCAGUUCCUCAUCAUGCCGCUCUACGGGUACGGCAUGGCGCACCUGGCGUCACUGCCCAAGGCUCUCUCUCUGGGCCUGGUCAUCACCUGCUCGGCCCCUGGCGGCGGUGGAGGCUACCUUUACAGCCUGUUGCUGGGAGGAGACGUUACACUGGCGAUCUGCAUGACUCUGGUAUCCACUGUGGUUGCCACGGCGGCGAUGCCGCUCUCCUCGGCGCUCUACGGGCAUCUCCUGGGUGUCCAUGCCACCCUGCACGUGCCCUUCGUGAAGAUCCUGGGCACCCUGCUAUUCAUUGCCAUCCCCAUCUCGCUGGGCAUGCUGGUGAAGCUGCGACUGCCCGCUCUCACCCGGGUCCUCCUCGCCCUCAUACGCCCCUUCAGCUUCGUGCUCAUUGUGGGCGGCAUCUUCAUGGCGUAUCAGAUGGGCGCCUCCAUCCUGGCCGACGUCCAUCCCCACAUCGUCCUGGUGGGUGUGACGGUGCCCGUUUUGGGGCUGCUGGUGGGGCUGGCGAUGGCGUGGCUGGCCGGGCUGCCCGCGCCACAGAGGAAGACGGUGGGCAUCGAGGUGGGCGUCCAGAACAGUCUGCUGGCACUGGCCGUCAUGCAGCUCUCGUUCCGGCGGGCGGAGGCCGACUUCGCCUCGCAGGCGCCCUUCAUCGUCGCCCUCAGCAGCACCUCCGAGAUGCUGCUGCUGGUCCUCGCCCACUUCGCCCACCGCCGCCUCUGCCACACGCCUGCCGCCCAUUCCGAAACCUGACCCGGGCACCGGCCGCCACCCAGCGACCCUCGCCAGCCUCAGGGUGGGCAUAGUGGACAGUUAACAAAGUGCGUGUUUAUUUUUGUCUCUAAAACCAAAGGCUGUUUUUUAAGUUCCCCUGUUUUCUAAAUCGAAUUUUAAGCGAAAUGAACUUUGUGUGUCGAUUAUGAAGCGAUAUUUUUCUAACAAAUUUGUGUGGGUUUUGUAAUUUGAGAUGCUUUUUCUUUGUAUCCUGUUUACAAAAGCACUGUGUCUCUUCUGGGACGGUCGUGCUCUGAGCUCUAAUGUGCUGUUGAUUGUUUUGGUGGAUUCUGAAUGAGGUCGUCUGAGAAUCCACGUACUUGAAUCGUUUUGCGUAAAAAUGUGAAUAAAUGCAUUUUUGAAAAGGAAAA